AUGAAAAAGUAAAAAAAAGUACAAAACUAUAUUAAUAAUUUUAAACGGUAUAUUUCUACAGCAUGAAUUGUUUUCGAUGGCCACCGUUUAAGUAAUUUUCUGUACACUUUCCCGAAGCAGCUGGGUUGAAUACUAUUAUGAUCGAAUCCCCUUGCAAAUCACUUGGGUUGGAUAUUUCCUUUUCAUGAACAAUGAGGUAAAAUUGAUGUUGUUUGGAAUUUUCAACACUUCUGCUGAAAUUUGACAAUUUGUUCUUCUGCUGUCAUUAGAGACUUGGUAGCAAUAUUAUAAUGGCAUCUGAUUAUCCAGAAUGUUCCAAAGCUACAGAAUUAGAGGAAAUUCAAGAAAAAGAAUGGAUUGAACUACCAGAAUCUUCACCUGAAGAUCAACUACAAGAUAAUGGGGGUGAUCAACAUUUUGUGACAUUGACUGGAACAGUUGCUCGUGGCUACCAAGCUGGUCAAGUGGUAGAUGUCCAGCUACAAAUUUCUCGAGAUGAGUUACGUAAACUAACACUUGAGAGAGGGACCAAAGAGGAAAAGCUCAAGUACAAAUCUUCACCAUGUUCUUGGGGACUGCAUUCAGGAUUGCAUAUUGUAUUUCUGAGCAUCAUCUGUAUACCUAUUGCUUGGCUUGUUUCUUUAGGAUAUUCCUUCUAUAUUGGCUGCAAUACCUGGUAUAAUAUUUAUUUGUAUUUUUCUGAAGAAAAGACAAUCUGGCAUAAGAUUUCUAUUUGUCCUGUUCUCAUAUUAACAUUUCCUUUCACUGUUGGUUUGUCAUCUCUCAUCAUAAGUUUAUAUGCCCCAAUUAUUCAAAUUUCAUGGAAUUUCUAUAAAUGGCUGCAAGAAUUUCAAGAUUAUGAAAAAGGCUUUUAUGGCUGGUUCUGUAACUGGAUUGGCCUGCACCAGUGUUGUCCUUAUGAAGUGGUGAUACUUGACUGCCCUGAAUCAAUAAGAGAGACAAAAUUACCUUCAAGUUAAUUACUUAAAAUGUGCUUGCCAGAUGCUACUCAAACACCCACCGUUUGUUCUGGACUUAUAUUAGCUGACCUAUAACUACUGGUUCAAUUUGUAAUUUGAUGGAAUUUUGAUUUAGAUAUAUCGCUGGUGUAUUAAUCAAUACAUACAUAUGUAUAUGGUGUGUGUGUGUGUAUUUGUGUAUGUAUAUAUAUAUAUAUAUAUGGGUAUGUACAAAUAUGUU